AUGGAACAUCAGAAUAAUUUAUACUUAACUGCUUUCCUUCUACCAUACAUUUUAACCAUUGCUUUGAAUACACUUGUAAUUGUUGUUAUUUACAAAGAACGAGCCCUACAUAAACCUAUGUACAUUUUCAUUUGCAAUUUAUCAUGUAAUGGAAUAUACGGAAGCACAUCUUUAUUGCCACAUAUAAUGACUAAGCUUGCUACAAAGUCAUAUACAAUCUCUUUGGUCAACUGUUUAAUUCAGAUAUUUUGUAUACACACUUGGGGUAUUGUUGAACUGACAACGCUGGCUAUAAUGGGAUAUGACCGGUAUAUUGCCAUAUGCACCCCAUUACAGUAUCAUGACAAAAUGUCUCCAAGGAAGGUCAAAAUUCUCAUUGCAUUCAGUUGGAUCUUUCCUUUGUGUACUAUUCCACUUUAUUUAGUACUGACUAUCCGGCUGUCUUUUUGCAGUAAUAUAAUUCAUAAAACCUACUGUGUAAAUUUUGAUCUAGUUAAGCUUUCCUGCACUAGCACGUUUGUAAAUAACAUUGUUGGGCUUCUUACACUGUGUGUGUAUAUGUUCCCUCAGCUCCUUGUGAUUUUGUUUUCAUAUGCUCAAAUUCUAAACAUUUGCAUACAUGCAUCCAAGGAGUGUCGAAAGAAAGCCCUUCAAACAUGUAUACCACAUUUGUUGACAAUUAUAAACUAUUUUGUUGGUGCUUGUUUUGAAAUGAUCCAAGCUCGCACAAGAGGAACCCAGACACCAUUUGGUGUAGCAGUAUUUUUGUCUGUGUAUGUCGUAAUCUUGCAACCACUAUUUGACCCUCUACUGUAUGGUUCUAGUUCGCUCAAAUUGUACAUUGUGCAGUUUUUUCAAAAGAGGAAGUUGUCACCAUUAAGUAAGCGAUAG